AAGCUGGGCAUGCCCGGCCUACUCUACCUUCUUGCGUGAUGGCGUGGGGAGGAGGAUAGGUAUCCCAGCUUCUCUUCCUUUCCACGCAACGCUUCAAUCAUGUCCGCUCAAGCAUUCCUCUCCACGAUCUCAUCUCGCCGCUCCAUCUAUUCGCUGGGCAAGAAGCUGCCGCUGGCCCAGGCGGAGCUGUCGAAGCUGGUCAAGGAGGUCGUCAAGCAGUCGCCAUCCUCCUUCAACUCUCAGACUUCGCGCGUGGUCAUUCUGUACGACCAGGCGCACGACGAUUACUGGUCCCACACCGUCAAAGAGGCGCUUCGGGCCGUGGCGCCUGCCGACGCCUUUGAAAAGGGAGCUGAACGCCUGAAAGGCUUCCAGGCUGCUGCUGGGACGGUCUUGUUCUUCGAGAGCGAGACUGCCAUUCGCCAGAUGCAAGAGAAGAUCUCCCUCUACGCUGACCGCUUCCCUCAAUGGAGCACUCACUCGAGCGGCAUGGCUCAGAUUAAUGUGUGGACUGCCAUCGAGACUGCUGGUUUGGGAGGCAACCUCCAGCAUUACGGCAACUUGACCAACGAUGCCCUCAUUGAAAAGUACAAGCUUCCCAAGGACUGGAAGCUGCACGGUGAGCUCGUCUUUGGAGAGGUCUUGGCGCCAGCUGGAGAGAAGACGUACAUGUCCGACGAGGAGCGUUUCCGCGAAUUCUCGUCGUGAAACCGUGCGCGACGCCCGGAGAAUAGUAAUAUGAUAGACAGGACGGCUCAUUGAAGAAGUGAAAUACCAUCU